AUGCUGUCCAGCCUGCAGAAUCCGCGCCAGGCGGCCGCCCAGCUCCUCAACUUUGCCCUCAUCCUCUCCACGGCCUUUAUGAUGUGGAAGGGCCUGUCCAUAGCCGCCGACUCGCCGUCUCCCAUAGUUGUCGUCCUCUCCGGAUCCAUGGAGCCGGCCUUCCAGCGUGGAGACCUGUUGCUCCUGUGGAACCGAAACGUAUGGAAGGAGACGGACGUCGGAGAGGUGGUUGUGUACAACGUCAAGGACAAGGACAUCCCCAUUGUCCACCGAGUCGUGCGCAAGUUUGGCGUGGGAGACAAGGCCAAGCUUCUCACAAAAGGCGACAACAACGUCGCCGACGACACGGACCUCUACGCCCGCGGCCAGGACUACCUUGAGCGCAAAGACAUCAUCGGCAGCGUCGUCGGCUACGUUCCGUUUGUGGGCUACGUCACCAUUAUGUUGUCGGAGCACCCCUGGCUGAAAACGGUUAUGCUGGGCCUCAUGGGCUUGCUGGUGAUACUGCAACGGGAGUGA